AUGUCCUCAUCAGGGGAUUUGGUUCUGAAUUCAGACGAACAUGAUCUUGAGGUGCAUUCGGCUUAUGAAGACGCUUUGGAUGAAAGUGACACAGAACUGAAGCUGUUGUGCCUGGCGGCUGCUAAACGUCUCAGGAAACAACGUUACCUUUCCCAGUUCCAAGAUGCGGCGAACAAUCCGCUGUUGAUGCAGAUCAAUCAACAAAUGCAAAUGUUAAGCCGACAGCUCUACGAUAUCGAAUCUACCAAUGCGCUACAGUUGCGAAUUAUAGCGAAGCUACUUAGUAAAUUGAUAAAGGCUCAACAAUGGCCUCGAAAUAUCCUUGCUCGCUUUUUUCGUUUUCUGCAAGUGUUGUUCAUCGUUCUUAUGGGUCCGUUCAUCGUCAAAGCUAUUCGUAGGCUCUUUUGUAAGAGUCAACAGGGGAUGGCUGUAAAUCCUUUUCGUUAUUGGUAA